CUGUGUUGAUGCAGAGCAAUGGCGGCGCUUAGAGUGCGGACGAUCACCCUGAGCAAGCAUCAGGGCCAGAGUUUUGGCUUCUUCCUGCGAGAGGAAAGGGGCGAGGAAGGCCACCUAAUCCGAAAUUUGGAGACGGGCAGCCCCGCCGAGCUCUCGGGCCUCAAGGACGGGGAUCGUGUGCUGAGGGUGAAUGGGACCUUUGCGGACACACUGAAGCACUCAGAGGUGGUGGAGCUGGUGAAGCGCAGCGGAACAUCUGUGACCUUCCAAGUCCUCGAUGAGGCCUCCUAUAAGAGUGCCAAGGAGAACGGUGUGGACCUGGCCAACCCCCAACCCAUUUCCCAGCCAAGUUCCCAGAACACCAUGAAUGGCGUGGCUGGAUCCACACCUAAACCCAAACUCUGCUACCUGGUUAAAUCCAAGAGCAAGAGCUAUGGCUUCUCUCUCAAGUCAAUAAGAGGUGUGGAAGGGGUCUUCAUGUCGGACAUAAUUCCUUCAGGGGUUGCAGACAAGGCUGGGGUCAAGGUCAACGACCGCCUUCUGGAGGUCAACGGAGAGGAUGUAGACAGCAACUCCCAUGAGGAGCUUGUAGAGAAGGUCAAAGCUUCAGGCGACAGUGUCAUGUUCCUGCUGGUGGAUGAGGAAGCAGACACAUAUUACAGGAACAGCAAGCAGAAUCCAGGGGUGGCACUGGCCACCAUGAAGUACCUGCCACACAAGCCACGCAUCGCCAACCUGACCAGGGGACCAGAGGGCUAUGGCUACUACCUGAGAGAGGACCCAAAAAUGAAAGGCCACUUCAUCAAUGACAUUGAGCACGGGAGCCCUGCUGAUAGGGCGGGCUUGAAAAACAUGGACCGACUGGUGGCAGUGAACGGAGAGGAAGUGGAUCACUUGGACCAUGACCAGGUGGUGGAGCGAAUCCGGCAGUCUGGAAAUGAGUGCUCCCUUCUGGUGGUGGACAAGGAAACAGAUAAAAUGUACAAGAUGGGAGGUGCAUCUCCUCUCCUCUACUGGAAGGAGAUGGGGGGAUCAUGUGAGCCAGCUUCGACUCUCCCUAUUGAUGAGCAGGUCCCACAUCUGGACCCCACACCCCAACCAACUGUGCUGCCAGCUUCAGCCAAGCCAACACAAGAGCACUUUAAGCCCAAGCUCUGCAAACUGGAAAAAACCUCAGGCGGCUAUGGAUUCCACCUCUACAGCAUCCAGGGUGUUCCAGGACAGUACAUCAAAGAGGUAGUGAAAGGCAGUGUAGCCGACCAGGCUGGUCUGGAGGAGAAUGACAUUGUUGUGGAGGUGAACGAAGUGAAUGUGGAAAACAGCACCCAUGAUGAAGUAGUGUCCAUGAUCAAGAGCAGCGGGAACCAGCUGGUCCUCCUCGUGGCUGAGAAGCAGGCCUACAGCUACUUCAAGGCUGAGAAGAUUCCCAUCACCUCACUGCUUUUGGGCAGCACCUCUGCGCUAACACCCACAACUGCUGAACCCACAAAGGUCCAUGAGGUGAAAGAAGAAGAGGAUGAGGAAAGACAGAAGGAAACAGAAAGAGAGGAGGAGGAGGAAGAUGUCAAUCCAUCCACACCACCCAGUGAACCAAACACUAGAGACAGGACAUCCUCCACCUCAUCUUCCUCAUCAGAAGAAGAUGAAAAACUCUAAUAAGAGCAGGAUUUCUUACUCCUUUCUGACGUUUACUUUUCCCAGCGUUUUAAGUGCUCUGCUCACCAACUACAAUGAUUGGUAAAGAAUUAUAUUUGUCUAAGAAACACUAACAGUAAUACGUUCUUAACCCUUGGGUUGUGU